AUGACUGACGCCGAUGUCGCGCAUUUCUAUAACUUGCCAUCGGCAUAUCCAGAAGAAUGGCCCGCGGAGCUUGAUGAAAGUGAUUUGGAGGAGGAGGGCGAGCAGCAGGAGGAGGAAAAGACCCUGCAGCGCCGGGGUUCGAAAUCCGGCUACCUGGUGCUGGAGCGGAGCAACAGCUCGCGGAGGGGUCUUAGCCUGGGAUCUCUGAAAGGAAGUAGUGGAAGGGAUAACCUCAAAGUUGAUGAACCCGAUCCUCUAGGGACGAGUGGCAGUGUUCUCGAUACUCUUCGAAAACGAGGGUUACCUGUCGACGACGACACCCGUCUGCGAAACCGAUUCCUUCUGUCCUCCACUGCGUUCUCCCCCGCCCUGUUUCUAUCGCAAGUCCACUCGGAUGCGUCCAUCCAAUCCCUUCUUGAUGGACUCGACUGUCUCUCGCAAUCAAUCGACCAAAAAUCUGCCUCCCUGAAAGUGCUCGUCGAAGCGAAUUUCGAGCGGUUCGUUCGCGCCAAGGCCACAAUUGACAGCGUGUACACGGAAAUGAGGAACCAGGGCAAGGAGCAAGAGUUAGUAAGUCAGCAAGCUCACCGUAGGUCGGGACACUUCCGGAACAUAUCGGGAGCGAAGCCGAGCAUCUCUCAAGCUUCCGGCGGAGACGUCGGUCCGCGGAAGAAUGCACUGGUGAAGGAGAGCGACUAUGGCCUGAAGGGUAUUCGAGUGCCUCUGGUAGAAGCUUCUGUGAAGGCGGAGGAAGUCUGGGGCCCGGCUCUAGGUGGUCGGGAACGCGAACAAGUACUCAAGUCCGUCGUGGACAGCAUGGAAAAGCACCGAGAGGUCUACGAGAUAGGAGGGCUUCUUUCGAAAUCUAUCAAACAAAGAGACUAUGAGUCGGUAUUUGAACAGUAUCGCAAGGCGCGGGCUCUGACCCAGAAUGCCAAAAAUAUUGCGGACAUGGCGACAAGCGAGCGCCAGCCAUUGACGGAUGACGAAACCCACAUCAUCCUAGCCCUAGGAAGGAUGUGGAUUGACGUAGAUCAACAGAUCCAAACGUUCAAGCGUGAUCUUUGGAGGCGCCUCAGCGAAGCGCCCACGACAUCGACCAGGGUCACCGCAUCGGGAUCUGUCGAGGAGCACAUGGAAUUGAUUGGGGCCCUGCUGGAGUUGGGGGUGGAGGACAACCCCAUCUGGGUUUGGCUACUCAGUCGCUACGAUUUCCUGAGAACAAAGAUCACCUCUUUCUGUGAGCGCUGCAAGGGCGAAAUUGAAAUUCUCAGGCGCCGUCUUGCCAGUGGGGAGCAACCGAACCCUCAGGAUGUGGCAUCGUUCCUACGGCGGACGCCUUAUGACGGCCAAGCGGGCCUUCCGCCGAUGCUUGAUACUGACCAAGUCAUUGAGCUCUGGGAAUGUGUCAAUGCAUAUUUGAACAAGCUGCUAUCGUCCCAAGGAGGUCUGCUCGGCGAAGUCUUGGAUUUCUGGGAGGUAGCCCAGGCCUUCAUUGAUGGGUCCAAGCAAAAGCUUCUCCCAACCGGAUUCGAGGGCGAAAGCCGAAGGCAUCACAAAUUCUCAUCCGCUGACACAAGGGAUCUGCAACAGGGUGUGGUUGAGCUGGUCAACUUGAUUCGUGAAAGCGUAUUGUCGUUGUUUGGUGACCCGCCCGUGGACGAUGUUUCUCUCCUUACCUCCCCUAUCUCGCCUCCCAGCCCUAGUAGCCCGAUCAGCUUAGGGGUCACUCCCACAGAGUCUCGGUUCAAACUCGAUCCGAAGAACAUGCCGUUCCCCAUUCCUAAACGCGGUGAAUUAUGGGAGGGAUAUGCGUUUUGGCCGCCUUUCUCUAAUUCUCUGAGUGGGGUUCACUAUUUGGGCCAAUUCCUCGUCAUAAUCGGUGCAGCAGCGGGGGAAAUGGCGGCUCUGGAGCCAGUCGCGAGCGGCGGUAAUACUCGUGAUCUUCUCAAAACCCUGGUCAGUGUUGUACGUGACCGUGCUGUGCGUAUUACCUGUUCCGCUUGGGCGAAAGACGCAGAAGUCUGUAAGCUGCUAGAAGAUUGGACUCGGGACCCAAGGCGCAGGGACCUGACAAGGAUGCCUGGCCUUUUCGUCAAUUUCCAAAACGCCAUGCUGGCUGGCGUACAAAAGAUUCUCUAUAUCUCGGAGGCAAUGGCAAAACCUGGCGCAGUGGCGGUGGUCACCCAACCCCCCACCAAGCUGCUUCAAAUGGUGCGGCACGAGUUCGUAUCCAGUGUGGACAAAGCCCUCAGCGAUCUCGUGGAGAACGCCGAAAACCCGGCAGCCCCGGAGGAAAGUGAUGGGUGGACCGUGUCCGCGUCAAGCCGUAACAGGGCUGAUGGACCAUCGGCCCUCCUUGCGGCAGACACUGUGGAUUCUCGAAACAGAAAUGUCCGAAUCCUUCUUAAGCUUUCGAAUAUCAAGGCUCUCCAAGCCGACCUUGUUCCCCAGCUUGUGGCCAAUUUCGAAACAUCAUUCUCGGUGAAGCUGACUGAUGAGGCCAAUGCUAUCCGUCAAGUGCUUGAAAAGAUUGAAUCCCGUCUCUUCCAGUUAUACACGAAACCAACCGUUAGCGCACUCAGCCAAAUGAUCUCCGAGGGGGUUUCUGCGGCCGAUUGGGAACCCUCAAACAGUCGACCGGAGCAGGUUCGUCCUUAUGUUUAUAACACCAUGCUGACGCUGGUGCUUGUCCACACGGAGAUCUCCACUACUAUCCCUUCGACAUUAUCCUCGCCGUCCAGCCGGGCGUCUUCCGCGGGGCAGUCACCACUGCUAUCGAUCAUCUUGACGCACCUGUUGACGCAGAUCUCUACGUCGCUCCUCAAUGCUUUCAACCAACGGUCUACGUAUUCCCUUGGCGCUCUGAUCCAGGCCACCCUCGACACGGAAUUUAUCGCGCAGACGAUGUCCCAGUACUCUUCGACCGAAGCCGCUGCCAUCCAAAGCCAGAUCUAUGUAGAAUUAGACCGUCGAACCACGCAUGAAGCGCGUGCCCGCCUUCAGGCGGAACUGGGGGAAAUGAGAGGCAUCUUGAAGCGACUGCGAGAGCGCACGCGGGGUGAAUUUGCUUGCUUUAGGAGGCCCAGAAGCGGCGCGAGCCAAAAAACAGCUGCACCGUCAUCAUCAUCAUCAUCGUAGCUAUGAUUCUCAACAUACCUAAUAUAUAUAUAUAUAUAUCAUCAUUAUCAUUAUGAGUCUAUGAACCCAAUCUAUUCUUCCG